AAUUAUAGGAAGUUCCCAUAAACAUUUUUACCUCUUUCCUAUUUAAGAACAACAUUAUACUAUUAAUAAUUUCCAAAUUUAAAAUCCAAUUUCUUACACCUCCACCUAAAAUUGGUAAAUAAAUAUUUUUUUUGAUUCUUGAAUGUAAACAAUACAAAUCAUAUAAAACCCCUAGAAAUUAUAAUUAACAAUCCCAAAUUUUACUAACCAAUAAAAAUUAAAUUAAUCUUCUUUUUCUCUCCCAACGUCAUCAUGACCACCAUUAACGCCGUCAAGAAAACUCAAGGACGGAGGAAAAUUGCAAUCAAACCAAUAGACAAUCAAAACAGUCGGCACGUUACUUUCUCUAAACGCCGUUUAGGACUUUUCAAAAAAGCCAGUGAACUUUGCAUCUUAAGCGGUGCAGAAAUUGUUAUACUUGUACAGUCAUUAAAACGACAGCGUCUCUUCACAUUCGGUCAUCCUAGCCCCGACGCCGUCAUCGACCGUUACCUCACCGGAAAAUCAGUAUCUCCCGGUGACGGCGAUCAAUUCAACUUGCAACAGAGUAAUCAGUAUUAUUCCCAGAUUUGUAGAGAUCUGGAAUUAGAGAAGAAGAAGAAGGAGAAUAUUGAAGAAUCGAAGAUGGUUAAUAAUGGGGGAUUUUGGUGGAACGAACCAAUUGAUGAUAUGGGGAUUGAAGGACUUGAAGAAUUUAUGAGUGCAUUGGAAGAAUUGAAGAAGAAGGUAACAAUGAGAGCUGAUGAGUUGAGUAUGAUAAAUGGGUCUUCUUCGAAUUCGACCAUGAAAAUAGCAAGAUUUGGGGCUGAAGAUCAAUAUUUUAAUGAAUCAAUCGAUUAUUGUUCUUCCAUUGUUCCUUUUGAUUUCAAUCAACCAGGAGAUAGACAAUUCUGAAGCAAUUUGCACUAAUACUAAACCAUGAUUUAGCUAAUUAUUAACUAAACAAUUACUAGCAAUUUUUUUGGCUGUUGCCUUCUUUUUCGAUAUAUGAAAACGUCGAAAAUCCCCGCGACCAAUUCCGCGUUUAAUGGGAUUAGGGAA